AAUUUCACGUCGUUGAUAAAAGUUAGGUUAUAUAAAUGUCAAAGCCAUUAAUAAAAUAUAGUUUGAAUUAUUAUUUUAAUAGUUAAUUGUUGCCUUCAUUUGUUUAAUUAUAAAAUGCACGGAAGAUUAAAAGUUCGUACUUCUGAAGAGCAGAAAGCUUUAAAACAAAAAGAACAACAGAAAAAACUUGCGGCAUAUCAUAUGGGGAUGCACAAAAUUUUAUCUACAAGGAAAUCAGAUAGUUAUGACCCGGAGAGUCUUCAAAUUAGUUGCCAAAUUCUAAUGGCCAAUCCUGAUGUUUAUACUUUAUGGAAUUAUAGAAAAGAGAUCAUUUUAAUAGAAAUAGAAGCAAGUAAAAAGGAUGAAAACGAAGGAGAAGACAAGCUAAUAAAAUUUUUGGAAAAUGAAAUAAAAUUUACAGAACAGUGCCUACCCGCAAAUCCGAAAUCGUACGGAAUUUGGCAUCAUAGAUAUUGGAUAAUGCUGAAUCAUCCAAAACCUAAUUGGGAAAAUGAAUUUUCUUUGUGUACAAAGUAUCUUAGUAUGGACGAUCGAAAUUUUCAUGUAUGGGAUUAUAGACGUCUACUUGUUAAUAAAAUUGGUAUAACUUUAGAUCACGAGCUUAAAUUUUCCACAGACAGAUUGAAUAUAAAUUUUUCCAACUAUUCGUCGUGGCAUUAUAGAAGUACAUUAAGAAAUUUAGAUGAAAAAUGUGUUGAAACAGAGUUAGAUUUGGUAAAAAAUGCUGUUUUCACAGAUCCUGCUGAUAGUAGCGCUUGGUUUUAUUUAAGGUGGGUUUUAAGUAAUCCGUCUAUUACCAAAGAAGCUAGAGAAGAGCUGUUGGAUGCAUUUGAACAAUUAGAAGAACUUGAACCUAACUGUAAAUGGGUAAUUCUAGCAAAAUGUUGGUUAACUGGAAGUCUAGUUUUAAGUGAUCCCCAGUAUUUGGAUAAACGAAUAACUUUUUACAAAAAGCUUGCAACUUUAGAUCCUUUAAGAAGAGGACAGUAUGAAAGUUAUUUAAAAGUUGCUGAAGAAAAAUUGAAAGGAUCUUUAGAUAAAACUCAAUAGCAUUUGUACAUUCCUUGUCUUGUAAAACCAAUAUUAUUGUGGCGACUGGAGUUCCAAAAACUCAAUGAUACUUCAUCACACAUUAGAUGAUUGUACCUAAGAGGAUUUUUAGCGUCUCGCAAGGAAAGGGGGUAAAAAAAAUUAUUUGAAAUCCGUUAAUAACUUUACAGAGUUUUACAAGAGAAUUAUUAAUUUUUUUUAUAUCUUAUUGUAAGUUAAAAUAUUUUUUUAUUUAUUUAUAUAACACAAAAUUUUUCUUUGACUCUAAUGUAUAAAAUUACUAUAGUUUAGUUUGUAAUUACACAAAAAAAUUAUAUAUCUUAUAUUUGCUUUUGUAUUUAGAAGACCGAUUAAAUGACAUUUUACAAAA